AUUAUAAUUAAGAGUUUAUUUGAGUACAAAUCAAAAGAUAAUGACUUGUUUAAGUAUUGAACCUACUAGAAGAAUGAUCUUUAAAUGCUUAAAGAAGAAGAAAGAUAGGAGGAAAGCAACAAAACAGCCAAGAACUAUUGUUAGAAAAAUAGGGAAAAGAAAGGAGAAACUAAGCAACAACUUAAUUACAAGUGUAUGACAUCACAAAGAAAAUACAAUACCGAAAAAGAAAAAGUGAAAGCAUGCUAUUAACAACACAUUACAAAGCAGGAGAAAAGCAAUAAAACCCCAAGAAGAAAGACUCAACCAGCAUCUCUCUUUAGAACAGCUCAACCAUAAAAAGCUAGGAGGAUCGGAUUAGGAGUAAUUAAGAACCACAAGCCAGACUUGAAUUGAUUGAAGAUUUGUCGUUCUUUGUCCUUUCCAAUAAGAACACAAGCUCUCGUUUUGUGUUUUUUGAGUGUAUAAUCACAGGAGCUAAGCACAAGGUCAAGCAACUUUUCAAACAAAACUCUUCUCUCUCUUUCUCUUCUUCCUAAAGUACUACUUAAAACUACUGAUCCAAGUUGGUUAACAAGCAUGGCUCCAGGAUUGAACUCUUUGGGGCUGACGACCCUUAUCGUAGCGUCAGCAAGAAACGCCUCGACGUACCGGAAAAAUUGCGAGCAGCUCGCUGAGCACGUGAAGCUGAUAGGUAACCUGUUAGAGAAGCUGAAAUCGACGGACCUGGUAACUUUGCCAGCCGUAAAAGAACCAUUGGAUGGCCUGGACGAGGCCCUGAAGAAAGCUUUGGACUUGGUGGAGAGUUGCAGGGACAAAAGCUGCCUUUACAUGCUUGCCCUGGGAUGGAGCAUCGUCUAUCAGUUUCGCCGAGUCCAAGCUGAGAUUGGUCGAUACCUUCAGCUCGUGCCUUUGAUUUCACUUGUUCACGAAUUUCAAAUGCAAGCAAUCGAACAGGAUCGGAGGGAAUACAAUCUGGACAAAGAGGAUGUGGAAGCCCAGAGUGUUAUACUGAAACCUGACAGAACAAAGAAAGAUGCAAACAUAUUGGAGAAAUCCCUGUCUCGCAGGUACCCUGACCUGAGAUUCCAUGAAGCUUUGCAAGAAGAAAAAGAGAAGCUGCACGUUGAGCUGCAGCGAUCACGAACCAUUGAUGAUUCUAAGCAGUGCCAUGUGAUUGAACAUCUCAUCGAUGUCACUGAAAAUGUUGUUAAUGUGCUCCCUGGAAAGGAGGUUCAUAAGCUCCUUGUCAAUGAGCCAGCCUAUAUAAUAGCGGGGUACAUGGCCAAUGAAAAACCUAGAGGGGGAGAACUUGGGUUGAAGACUGAAGAACGAUGUCAAUCCGAAUGGCAGGUUGAUCUUUUCGAUUGUUGCAGUGAACCUUGUUUGAGCUUGAAGAGCUGCUUCUAUCCUUGUGGAGUUUUCUCAAGCAUAGCAAAUGUUGUCUCCAAGGGAAAAACCUCUCGAGAACAAGCCAUCAGUGAUCUAAUGGCAUACUCCCUCAUCUGUGGCUGCUGUUGUUACUCUUGCUGCAUACGGAAGAAACUGAGAGAACUUUUCAAAAUAGAGGUAUUCACUGGUUGUACCGGAAAUUUUGCUUUAAAAGCUUUGAGUUUGAUUCUGAUACUAAUUUCCAUCUUUCCAGGGAGGUUCAUGCGAAGACUAUCUAACCCAUCUCAUCUGCUGCUGCUGCGCAAUGGUUCAGGAGUGGCGUGAGCUGGAAGCCAGAGGCUUUGAAGGUAAAACUACAUGAAUAUUUCUUCUCAUUCAUAACCGUGAAACCUCGUUAAAAAUGACUGAUAAUGCUACUAAAACAAGUUCCUGCUAAGCAUUUCUUUCAGUGUUAAGAACUAAAAAUUUCCUAAGCAUUCAUGGCUGACUCAUGAUCAGUGCUGAAUUUAACCUGUACAUUCAACUUAUUGCAGGAUGUGACGGGAGAGAGAUGAUUCCUCCGCCAUACCAGUACAUGAAGCCUUAAUAUCCCUCGAUAUAUUGACAUAAAUUGACUGCAAAAUGUUUACAUGAUAUAGAUAUCUAUUGACAAAUGUAUCACAAGUUUUACGCUUGAAUAAUCUCUCAUAUAACUAUCAAAUACGCAUGAAAUAUAUAUAAUACACGUCAUUAGCAACAUGCUACAUAGCUAUGUAAUUCCCAUUAUUUUAACAGUUUGAUCAGCCUGUUUGAUGUAGUUUCCUUUGUUGCAAACAGUAGAUUCCCAUUUGCUAGUCUCUAAUAUUUGUUUUUUCCAAAAAAAAUAGUAAAACGAAGAAGAAGAAGAAAAAGA